AUGGCCCCCAAGAAGAAGGCUGCGUCGAAGACGUCGCCCGCCGCGGAGGAAACGGUGCAUGACGGCUGCGAGGAGCACUCGACGGCGCCGGUCGUGGAGGCACCAGUAGCGGCAGCAGAGGAGGCCGCCACGGCACGUGCCGCGGAGCCAGCCGCUCCUGUGCCAGUUGUGGGGUCUACAACGGAGAUGUACAGCCAACUGCAGUCGAUUCUCUCGGUGGAUGGCGCCCUGGUGAACCACUACCUUCCACAGGUACUGGAGCUCGUGCAGGCAGCGGAGUCUAUUGAGACGCCGAUCCUGCUGAGGGUGCGUUUUCUCGAGUUUGUGGGACAGCACGUGGCCGCUGUGCGUGACAACAACGCCCUACGCAAGUUGGUGACAUCCCUCGUGAAGAUCGUCGGCGGGGCCGACAACACGCCGCAGCUGCUCACGGCCGCGGUUCAGGCGUUUGCCGGCCUGGGCCCUGUCUCGGUGGUUGACAAGAACUGGGAGUACCUGGCGCGUGAGGGUGCGGAUGUGCUCAUGCAGGUGAUGGUCGACCGCGAUGCGUUCCCGGAAAGCGUUCGGCAGGCUGCAUCAAAGUCGCUGGACUCGCUGACAAGCAGCGCCUUUCGAUCGGUGCUGGCAAAGCUGCUGCACUGGCUGAGCCUCGAUCGCGAGGAGGACGACGAGGAGCAGGUGCAGAAAGAGCGGCACAUGGCGCUGGCGCGCCUGACGCGCCUCAUCAUGGCCCCCAGCCAGCGCAAGCACUGGACAGAGGAGACUCAGCUCUAUGCCGAGCCGCUCCUGCAGCGUGUGCUAAGCACCGUCGACGUUCGCGAGUUUGCUCAGCUGGCACGCGUGACUGCGCACCUGCCCAUCAACCAAGACAAGGGCAACCUCCCCCUUCUCGAGUGGUAUGUGAAGACUCACAGGCUGAACGACGACCGCCACGUUGAGGCCGUUGCCAUCAUUGGCCGCUUUGUCAGCAGCUCUGUCGAGUUCGACCUGCACGCCGCGCUGGAGGCGGCCGGCAUCACGUCUCGCGACAUCGACGCAUCGAGUGACGGAGGUGUCAACACGGCGAAGGUGGUGCUGUUAGCCAGUCGCAUUGCCACGGCAGCGGCUGCUGAGAAGCUAUACCCCUACGUAUACCGCCAAGUCGUGUCGUUGAUGUCUGACAUGCGUGGCACCCUCACCACGGCAAACCUCAUCACGGUUGAGGCCCUCCUGUUUGCCGCGGUGGCGCUGGCACGCAAGCGGUCUGCCGAGGCGCUGCAGCAGCUGAACGACGCCUCCUUCAACGCGAGUGCCAUCUCGGCCGCACAGGCAGCGGCGGACGUGUACAAGCAGGUCGUAUUCGCUGUGAAGAAGGCGGCGCAGAGCAAGCAGGCGGACGGGGCAAGCGCGAACGCUGUGGCCAGCCUGAACAACAUCAAAACGAUCACCGAGGCCUUCGCUGCCAAGCGCCUCCCUCUGGGGGAGAUCAAGGAAAGCUGGACGCGCGGUCUGAACAGCAUCCCUGCCGCGAAGCGCGACCGUGAGGCUCCUCGCGGCGCCAUGCCUCCGCCCCCCGGUGUGCAGCGCGCCGUAGAGGCAGGAAAGAAAAGCAGCAGCAGCCAGAACGCACCGGACCGCAAGCGGGCGCGCAACGACCACAAAAGUCAGUACAACGAUCGCCCAUCGCGCCAUGGUGGCCGCCGUUGA